GCAGCACCCGCGGUGUCCCGGAGCUCGGCGGCUGCGCGCCGGGCCGCACCGUGCCGGGGGCUCGGAGGCACCGGCGGGCUGCUUGCGCUGCCUCGGGGGGCUCCUUGCAGCCCCAUCUCCCAGCCCUGCCCUCUGGUGCUGAGAAAGUAAGGAGGGAUAUCGCGGUCUGUUGGGUCCCAGCCCGCCUGAGCGUAAAGGUUUAUUUUAAAUUCCUAAAAGGAAAUGAGCUGUGCAGAUUUCCCCCCUGAAACAAAACAACAACAAACUCGCAGCAACUCACAGCGGCUACUUACAACACGAAUAAGAAGCGCCCGGCGUUUCCCAUCUAGGCGCAUACACUCAGAGCAAAGGCGAGGCCUGACCCCCUCCCCUGUCGAUCCGUGCUUUGCAAACGGACAUCGGAAACUUUUCCCAGCUCAGAUCCCAUUGCUGCGCUGCCGGCGCAGAGCAGCCGGAGCCCACCUGCCAGCCCUGAGCGUGCCGCACACACUGCCGGGCUUUGCGUCGGAAACAGAGAACAGCCAAACAAACCGAACGCACCUUCCGAAAGGUGACUCUCCCCCGGCCCUCGGUUACCGCCUGCUGCUGCCCCUCGUCUGCCACCUGCUUACAGCGAGGCACGAGAAGGGACCCCCGAAACUCCUUCGCGACCCUUUCUCUUUGCCUCCCGCCCACUAUAUAUACACAUACACAGAAAUAAAUCAUCAACACCCGUGCUCCCAAAUGUGUAGUCUGAGCAAACUUCUGUCCCUCUCCGCUGCCCUCCCGACAGAGCAAAACGCGGCACCUACCUGCAGCCCCGCCGCCGCCGGCACCAUCCGGGGAAGGCGAAGCCGUGGGGCAGCGACCUUAGCGCAUUGUCCCUCCGGCCCCGCUGCUAAGUGA